GAUGGCUGCACUUAUAAACAGAUAUAAAAAUUAGUAACAUUAUUCAAAUUAAAGGGGAAAUUUAUAUUUUGUACUAUUAAUAACAGCGAGUUAUUAUUUUCAUAUGACUUCCUACGUGUCAAAAAGUUGAUGAUGUAACAGAUAAGCCAUUUUGUUCCAAGCAAAACAAAGCAAAAUAAACGUGUGGUUACCAUUUUUGUGAAUUAUACAAUAGUGAACAUAAAUACACAUUGCUAUUCCCCAUUUAAAUCGACGUUUAUUUAUGUCCGCUAUGGGAAUAUUAAGUUAUGGACUAACAUUAUGUUUUGUGCUAGUAACGUUUUACUUUCUGCGGAGAACAUUUGAGGAGAAAAAACCUUUAGUUUUUGAUGGGUAUUACCAUCCUGAAUUUAAACCGGUUGCAGAUGUAUUCAGACAAAACUUACUAAAUGGAAAGGAACGAGGAGGUUCAUUUGCGGUCUUCCACAAGGGCCAGUGCGUGUUCAAUAUGUGGGGCGGUUAUGCGGAUAACGAAGCUGUACGACCUUGGGAUAAGAGCACACUUACUAUGGCUUUCUCUGCGUCGAAAGGGGUAGCCGCUGUUAUUGUAGCGAAAAUGGUAGACCUAGGAUAUUUAGACUACAAACGUCCUGUUGCUGACUAUUGGCCAGAGUUUGGACAGAAGGAUAAAGGAAACAUCACUGUAGAAAUGCUGCUGAGUCACCAAGCAGGUCUACCACUGCUUGACGAGUAUUUACAUCUUCGGGAUAUUGUCGACAAUCCUGAUAAAGUUGAGCGGGUUUUGGCCGCACAAGGCACAGUUUGGCCUGCAGGAACAGACUUUGGUUAUCAUGGAGUGACGUAUGGUCUUUAUGUGGAUACCCUGGUUAGGAAGGCGGAUCCAAAAGGGAGAGAUAUUGCUCGGUUUUUCCGUGAGGAAAUUGCUGGGCCAUUCGAACUUGACACGUUUAUAAAUACACCUAAAAGUGAAUAUUAUAGAGCUGCUCGUCUCUACACCCAGCCAAUGUGGGAAAUGUUGCUCGAGACACUGAUGUCAACUCGAUACUUUCCUAUUCUCGGCCAUUAUAUUCUCUUCCCAGAUUCUUUGUUAGUAAAUGUUGCGAAGGCCGUCGUCGAAUUUACUAAGGAUAUGUCAGUGUUCAACAACCCAGAUUUACGCGAGGUGCCAUUAACUUCGGCCACAGUUACCUCUACUGCGGAGGGAUUAGGUAAAUUGUAUGGGAUACUUGCAAAUGGUGGCACUGCAGAGAAUAAGGUACUACUGAACGCGGAGCUGGUUAAGAAACUAGCCACGCCUCUGUCACAAGGAACUGAUAGUGUUAUAAAGCAAGAAAACUCCAUGUUUGGCCCAGGAACGGUGAUCAUGAAAAACCCAAAAGGUCAACUGAUGUUUGGCCAUUCCGGCCACGGAGGUCAAGUUGGCAUGGCGGACGCGACAAAUAAGGUCGGCUUUAUGUAUAUAACAAACUAUAUAUCUAUCAAUGGACUUGGAGAUGAUCCGCGCUAUCUUGACCUUGAAAACGCUUUGUACAAGUCUUUAGAUAACCAUGAAAGUAAUAUCGGUAAUCAAAAUAUAUAAAUAAGUUAAGGCAUGUAUGUUUAAUAAUCGAUUCUUAUCAAAUGUGUUGUGUAUCUGUCUAGGAUUAAAGAAAUAAUAAACCAUAAGAAAAGUUG